CGCAACAUAUGUUAUUGCCAUGACACAGUCUGCAUGCUUAUUCAGUUCGCUUAAAACAAACCCCUUGUUUGUAUAACAUUACUUGUUUUGUAACAAGGAAAUAAAUACCGGUAACGUUUUACGCGUGAUUCGGUGGUGUUUGACCGCAUACUGGUUUUGGUUUGUUGCCAUUAAAAGAAAGAAAAAUGUCCAAUUAUCCUGGAAUGAGUUUGGGUAGUGAGAUCCGGGAGAGCAUAUCCUUGGACGAGGAUGAUAUGAGCGAUGUCGAGGAUGAGGUGUUCAUCAGGGAUGGAAAGAAUGGGUACAAGUUUGCUGAAGAUAUUGGCGUGAAGCGACCUUUGAUGGCGCCGAGAAGAAAACUGACAAAGCCAGAUUUCAAAACGAGACUGAAGAAUCGUCCGCCGUGCAGAAAGAUGUGCAAACCCUUCUGCUUCGUAAUUGGCACACUCUUGGCCAUUAUUGGAUUAAUAACGUUAAUCGUCGUAAUCGUAUCGAUGUUUCCACUCCCCAUUGAUAAAAUAAAAGAUUGGAUAGUGACGAAAGCGCAGAAGAACGUGACUAUGAAAAUGUUGCCAUGCAGCGAUUUAAAAGUUACGGACGUUUGGGCUGUAACUUUACCGAAGUUGACGUCCGAUUCGUCGAUUAGGACGCUAGAUGUUAACGGGGAUGGAGUAGAAGAUCUGAUUUUCGGAUUUGGAACUGGUGAUAAUAGCGUUUUGCACCAUGAGGUGUUUUGUCCCAUGUUCUUGGGCAUAGCUAGUCCUUGCGGUGGCGGAGUCAUAGCUUUGGAUGGAAAGAACGGCUCAACUUUGUGGAGGAAUCAUUUACCUCACGCGAUUUUUACAUUAUUCUGUAGCGCCGAUGUUAACGGUGAUGGCAUCUUCGAUUGCUUAGCCACCGGUAAAGGAGGUAUAUUUAUAACUAUUAAUUCGAGAGAUGGAACUACAAUCUGGGUAUUCCAGAAUAAGGAUGAGGACGUUAAUUUGAUAAUGGAUAUUUACGCGGCGAAUUUCAUACCCGAUCAGGAUUCCGAUAAAGUUAUGGAUAUCCUAGCAUCACAUACAAUGCAAAAAGAUCGUCAGCGAACUGGGCAACUCCUCGUGAUUUCCGGUAAAACCGGCAACGAAAUACAAAGGAUGUCCACGCCGUACAACGCGGAAACUUACAGCGUUCCUCAAUUGCUUCCAAAACCCGAUGAUUACUACGUGCUGUUCGGGACUGGAAGUCCAAGUUCUCCUGGGAACUUAUCAGUAAUUUCUCUUAAGAGUUUUAUGAGCGGAAACGCAAGUUUCGUUACCAUUUACGAGGAUAAGUUCAAAGGUAUUCUAUCGCCAUCAGUUAUGUACGAUAUUAAUGGUGACGGUCAACUGGACGUAAUAUCAGCGAUGUUCAAUUCCACCGUAAUCGCUUUCGAUGGGAAUAGUUUCAAGCAAAUCUGGAGUUUCACUGUUAAUAAUUCUGAGACGUUGAGCGUCCCGACGCCGGGUUUCUUCAAUGAUGAUAACGUCGUCGAUUUCCUUAUUAAAUAUCAAACUGGACCAGAAUUUCCAGUUUACUAUUACAGCCAGGUUUACAUAUUGGAUGGGAAAACUGGGAAAGUUAUUUAUGAUAGAGCGAUUGUGGAUAGCGUUGGUUCUCAGAUGGGUGGAUUAACCAUGGGAAUGGAAGGCCCAGGAAACGAUUUCUUCCUUUAUUGGUUGGCCGAUUGUGAUAAGUACGAGGGAAAGCAGGAUAUUUACGAAUUCCUACCAGGAAGUACGCUGAAGGAGCAAAGUAACUCCGAUAUUUGUAAAUUAAGAUUCAACUCUACUAAAGUUACUAAACUGUAUGCUUUAAAUCAGUACGAUCAACCUCCUGGAAUUGAAAUUUACAAUUCAGGAAAUAGAACUAGCUUAGAAUAUAAUAACACAAAGUCGGCAAUGGAAGAAGCGACUGAGUAUUUGAAGAAACAUCCGGAAGUGCAAACCGGUGAAGUCGAGGAGACCUUUAAGCAAGCCCCGGAACCCCCAAAGCAGAUUGUGUAUAAAGACAACUCGCCGUUCAGACACAAAGACAAUAAUCUAGGUUUAAUUAAAGAUUACAACAAACCGGAGCACCCGAAGCUCUCCGCUAAUCCUCCUGAACAGAAAUUCGAGCCGGAUUACGAUCAGCAACCUGAGAUGUGGCAACCGAAGGUGGCUUAUCCUCAGAACUAUCAACCGGAUGAAAUCGAUUACACUUCUUAUUUGGACGAUGCUGAACCGAUGAACGCAUAUGGUAAACAGUAUAUGGAGGAUAACGCAGCGAAAGGUAAUCGCGACACGAGAGGAGAUGAAGAUACGACGAGGACUACGAAAAAAUUAGCGGAUAAAAGGUACGGCGUGUACGAUUACAGGAAUAUCGAGCAGUCGAAGAACAGGCUGUUGCAUAAUCUGAACGAAUUGCCGACGGAUAUUCUGAAGGACACGUACUUGAAGAACAUGGAGCAGCAGUUGCGAAAAUCACGGUUCGAGCAGCGAGAUUUGCAAUCACACAUCGAUAAGAUGAAGGAAAACGCAGAAGUUAAACGAGUUCUGGACGAGGAAAAGGAAAAGAUGUUGAAUGUGUCCGAAAAUCUGUGGACUUUGGAGAGCGAGAAGGAAGCCGAAGAUCGGAAGAACGGUUUGUGGAGGGUCAAGCGCGAAGCGAGCAGCGUUAUCAAAGGUAUACCGAGGAUAACUUCAGUUGGAAGCCAGGUAAAGCCUCUUGUUCCCAAUACCAACGCAAUCGAUUUGGUUUUCUUGACCUACUGGACACCUCCCAAAGACGGGCCUCAAUUGCUCGUCCAAAAAGACUACGAAUGUAUCACGGAGAAGAUUAAGAAAGCUUUAAAUUCUAAAGAGGAGAUUCUGAACUACGAGAAGGCCGCUUUGGAGGAGCUUUUCAAGAAGGAAUGCUUGACGGAUCGCGGCGUCCCUUUGAACGUCCAUCCAAUUAGCCCAAAGCCUUAUACCAGACCGAAAUUCCCGUACGCCAAUGAAAUAGCUCAGCUGAAUCUGGGACAAAUGACCGUUUACAGGAUACGAGUGGAAUGCGUUUGCGAGGUGCGCCGAGGGAACGAGAGAUGCGCGAAAUUCAUUAACCCGGAAGAGGGUCACGGCUGGGCCUCGUACAUGGGAAAAACGGGAAGCGGAAUUUUCCAAUAAUCUUAUUUUGCACGGAUACAUACACGUCUUAACUAAUUUACUUAUUCAGAUGACUUAAAUCAAAGUUAUUUAGUGCAAAAAGACAAUCUGUAUAUAUACAUAUGUCGAGGAUGAUUUAAUUUCUUCGAAGUAUUUUCGAUUCCUCAUUGAGGAAGCUUUUCGGUGCGUUUGAUGCAUAACGGUGUAUUCACCUAUAUAAUAUUUUGAAACAGGAUUAAGGCUUCCAAUGUAUCCUCAAGUGUACCCUCCUCCAAAUGGGUACAACUGUACCUUACGUUAAUCUAACCUGUAUAGUGAUCAUGAAUUUACCCUUUCUUUAUAUGUACAAAUAUACAUUUACGGCUUAAAUUAUCAAGUAUAAAAUACGCUUGGAAAAUGUGUCUUUCGUUUCGUGUUAUUGUAAUUACAUUUCAGUUAUUUUUUCGUUUUCUAUUAUAAAUCGACUGUUUUUAGCUCGAAAUAUUCGUGUCACUUCAAUUGCGAACGAUUGAAGGAAAUCAAGUGAAUUAGUUCAAACUAGUUAACAUGUAA